AAGUAAAUGUUGUCAUUCAAGCCGAACCUCUAUUACUCUUGGGUUUCAGAUAGUGAAAAAAUCAUAUCUCAAAUGACGUUCAUUACUACAAGUUCUACUGAGGAUGUUUGUUACAAAAUAGUUUUCUUUCAUUAAACUUUGUUCAAAAUGAUAAUAGUGUGUAGUUCGACCAGUUCAUUUAAAUUUCCUAGUGUUUUCAGUUUAAAUAACUAAUUUCUAACAUUGAUUGCGUAUUUAAAAAACAUCAACAGAAGAGUAAGAAUAAUUUUAUCAUAUUUUGUGUUGAGUAGUGAAAUGUAAAUAUCACUGGUGCCGAGUCACAUAUAGUGAUUGACAACUGUGUAGGAAAAACAUUAAAUUUCAUCAACCAGUCAAAUAGAAUACAUAUUUAUGAAAUCUGUUUGACUUUUAUCUUCUCCUUAACUCUAAUAUUGUAUCGUAUUUCUUAAUUUCUAAUUCACUUUGAUGAGAAUGACAAUCACAGUUUAUCAAUUUUGUUGCACUUUUGUAUUUCGUACCAACACCGAUUUCGUAUUACUUGACAUCUAAAUGCGCUGACAUAUAAACGAGCCCUUAAUAGUAAUCACAGAACAUCCCCUAAGAGGGUAUGUUUUGUAAUACUGCUCAUGUAUCGUAGUUAUGGCUGAAAUUAUUCGUGACCUAUCCAUUCUAAAUGUAUAGAGUUCUAGUUGCUACUUAUAACUAAUAAGAUUCAAAUUAUGACUUAAUCACUCAUCAACUUUUCGUAUCAUUCAAUACAGACAGAAUUAAUACUGCAAUAACUCGUAUUUCACUCACACGUGGUGACGUAGUAUAGCGAUUUAAUAACUUUUCUAAAAUAAUCACCCAUCACUAGUGAUGGCAACACUGCAGAAGGAUAUAUUGAAUAUCUGCUAAAAUGGCUACAAGAAGAAUUACUAAAAGUUCGAUUAAUUGGCUGGCUUUAAGCGAAAGAGUUCCUGAACAUCAGCGUGCUCAGUAUUUGGCUUUUAAAGCGAAAUCUGAUGGUUACCUCAGGCGUGUGAUGUCAAACCCAGAGCAAGCACCAGCUAUUGAUUGGGCCUUCUAUAAAUCAAAAGUACCAGUAGCAGGGAUGGUUGACGAAUUUCAGAAACAAUAUUCCGCUCUAUCCAUCCCGUAUCCACCAGAUACCAUUAAACCCCAGCUCGACAGUCUAGAAAAGGAAAUUAAAAGUGAUAUAGAAAAAUUCAAGAGUGAGUCUAAUACUCGUAUUGCUGAGUACAAAAAGCAAUUAGCUCACAUAGCCAGCUUAAUUCCAUACGAUCAAAUGACUAUGGAAGAUUACCGUGAUGCUUAUCCAGAAGAUGCUCUUGACCCCAUCAACAGACCAACAUUCUGGCCCCACACUCCUGAAGAGCAAAUCGACUACGUUGACAAAGAUGCCCAACCUCACCAUUGAAAUAUUUCAUGUAAUUAAUGCAUUAAUAUGAUCUUUAGAGGUGUCAUAUUUAUUAGAAAAAAAUCUAGAUGACAAUUGUUUGAAAGAAUUAUUGUCAUACUAUAAGUUUACAAUCUUAUUUACAAUGUUAUUUUUCUGUUUAGUAUCAGUGCUUCUUAGAUUAUUUUAAUAAACCUCAAUAUCCACUGUUGAA